GUGUCACAAAGAUGUCCACACGCAGCUGCCAGGGAACAGACUCGGUCAUCAAGCCCCUGGACACCAUCCCUGAGGACAAGAAGGUGAGAGUUCAGCGCACGCAGAGUGGCUUCGACCCGUUCGAGAAGCCCGCCAGCCAGGUGAAGAGAGUCCACUCUGAGAACAAUGCCUGCAUCAAUGCCAAGAGCUCAUCUGCCGGCAAAGAGUCGCCCAAACUGCGCCGGCACUCCAGCCCUAGUUCUCCCACAAGCCCCAAAUUUGGAAAGGCAGAUUCCUAUGAAAAGCUGGAGAAGCUGGGAGAAGGUUCAUAUGCUACAGUUUACAAAGGAAAGAGCAAGGUGAAUGGGAAACUCGUGGCUCUGAAGGUAAUUCGUUUGCAGGAGGAGGAAGGAACGCCCUUCACAGCCAUAAGGGAAGCAUCUCUUCUGAAAGGCCUGAAGCAUGCCAACAUUGUGCUCCUCCAUGACAUCAUCCACACCAAGGAAACCCUGACUCUGGUCUUUGAAUAUGUGCACACAGACCUGUGCCAGUACAUGGACAAACACCCCGGGGGGCUCCAUCCAGACAAUGUGAAGCUCUUCCUGUUCCAGUUGCUGAGAGGCCUGUCCUACAUCCAUCAGAGGUACAUCCUUCAUCGUGACCUGAAACCACAAAACCUGCUCAUCAGCGACACUGGAGAGCUCAAACUUGCUGACUUUGGCCUUGCCAGGGCCAAGUCGGUCCCCAGCCAUACCUACUCCAAUGAGGUGGUGACCCUGUGGUACCGGCCUCCAGAUGUCCUGCUGGGAUCCACAGACUACUCCACCUGCCUGGACAUGUGGGGAGUGGGCUGCAUUUUCAUUGAGAUGAUCCAAGGAGUGGCUGCCUUUCCUGGGAUGAAGGACAUCCAGGACCAGCUGGAGAGGAUAUUCCUGGUCCUUGGUACUCCAUCUGAGGAUACGUGGCCCGGGGUGAACUCCUUGCCUCAUUUUAAACCAGACCGCUUUACAGUGUACAGCGCGAAGAAGCUCAGACAAGCUUGGAAUAAGUUGGGCUAUGUGGACCAUGCUGAGGAGUUGGCCUCCAGGUUCCUCCAGUGCUUCCCAAAGAACCGGCUGUCAGCCCAGGCAGCGCUGAACCACGAAUACUUCAGCAACCUUCCUCCACGGCUCUGGGAGCUGCAGGACAUGUCUUCUAUCUUCACCGUACCAAAUGUCAAGCUGCAGACUGAGAGCGGGGACAGCAUACAGGUGUGUGCACGAAGGAACAGUCAUGGAAAGGCAUCCUCUGGCAGCAAACACUGACCUGAGGCAGCAUCCUGCACAUGACUGCCUGACAGGUGGAUGUUGUGAGAAAAAAAAACAAAAAAAGAUGAAGACAAAGAUGCUGACAUUGAGGAUCCAGACAAAUGAAAGAGCCCCAGUUCUCUUUAUUUAUUACCGUCACAAUAUGUGUGAGCGUGUGUGUGUUAGUGUGUGUGUGUGUGUGUUAGUGUGUGAGCGUGUGUAUGAAAGUGACAGAUCGUGAGCAUUGAGCAUGUGUGCAUUAUGAACGGUACCUAAGAUUUCAGGCUAUCAUUUGCAAAUUUUGUUUACUUUUUAUAAGGUUCCAAUAACUCCUAUAUCAUUGUCACAGUAUAAACAAAAGGACUUUACUAUUGGUACAUAUUGUGUUUUGUGUUUGUAACUAGCCUCCUAUUUAAGAAUGUAUAUUUGUAUGUAUGAUAUACUCAUCUAGAAACUAUAUAAUGGACAGUUUUAAUAUUGCUUCAUCUUCUCACCACUAUACUGCUUUUGCCACGACACAUAAAUCAACAAACACAAAGGAGACAUGCACAUGAGCAAAAAUACACUUAUGGAACAGAAAAAAAGAAAAAACAAAGAAACCUAGAGUCAGUUUUCCAUAUUUUUUCUAAACAGGUUGAAGUCUGAUUUGUGCAACUGUAGACAAUGACAAAAAGAAUAAUAAUAAUUGUAUUAUUAUUAAUAAUAAUACCAAUAAUAAUGAUGAUGAUGGAGGGCUUUCAGGUGAUGUAACACAUCCUUUGGCAGCCAUAUUGGAGGUCCUCAGGUCUUUGAAGCCUGGGAGCAGCCGUUGUUUUAAAUGUACAACUCUGCCAACUCAGCAGUCACAGCAUGUUUACUUUACAUCUGCUUUAAAGGUUGAAUUUAUUAUUAAAUGAUUGGUAUAUGUGUUAA